AUGCCUGAACAGGAAGGAUUCGGCAAACAGAGCAAACACCGUAUCAGUCCCCUCUGGCUCAAAAAGUAUUUCAACCUCGACAAGCAAGCCCAAGACGGACAGCAGCGUCAUCGAUCUAGACCAGAAUCCGACAAUCUUGCUGCUAAGGGGGAAGCAAGAUACGUCUAUGCCGAAGUUUGGAAUAGCUCUACUUCGCGGCUCCCGACCAACCAGCAUGCCUAUACUAUCUCGCUCGUUGUCCUGAUAUCCUCUAACCCACCUAUCCACCCACCAAUACGUUCCUCCUCUCCUUUAAUCCCUCUAGCACUGCAUUUCCGCAAAUUACAGCCAUCCAGUGCGGCAUGGAGGACCUCUCCCUUCACGACCACAACAACGGCCAAGGCGGACGACGCGGAGCGCCCCCGCCCCCGCUCCCGCAUGGCCACCGAGGCUACCCUCAGCAGCCCAACCCGCCUACUCACUCCAGCUUCCCACGCCACCACCAGCAAGCUCUACCAACAGCUCCACCAACAGCUCCUCCUCCUGCCCCAGGGCAAGAACCUUCACCCACCCCAAUGA